UAUCGGUGUGACCAGCGGAGGAUACGGUGAAAGUGGAUUCUGAAUCUCUGCCGACAAAAAGGGGCUAGAAGGAAAAGACGCUUAGCUAGAGGGAGAGGAGGGCGGGGACCCAGAGGAAAGAGACACCCAGGGUUGGGGAAGUGUUAGGAGGGGAGGGUUAGCGUAGGAGGGAGGGACACCGUCAGAGCUGUCGGUGCGACACAGAGGGAUAAAGAAAGGGGAGUGAGAAGGAAGAGGGAGACUGAACGAGGGCUGAGAAGGGAGAGGGAGAAAGGGGGAGAGCAGGCUUAAGAGAAAGAGAGGAGACAGGAGGAGAGAGUGGCAAAGAGGAAGGGAGAGACGGAGGAAGAGAUCACAGAGUGACCGCAGAGGACGAGGUUUCUCUAUUCCAGAUACUUCUAAGACCGAAGAUUGUUUGCUAGUGGGGAGACUCCAGCCCCGGCAGCCAGUUGAGCAGCGGCAGAGUAAAAUGGACAGUGAGAAACAGACGUUCCAGCCACCUCUCGGCCGCUCAGAGGUCCCGGAGCUGUUCUCUGGCGAACUCCUUUCCCCGCUGGAGUCUCGGAGCCUGCUGGACCAACGGAGCCCAAGGAGCUCCUAGAAGCUGCUCCUCGGAGAUGCCCUCGCCCGAGCAGUAAGAACUUCCUGCUUGAGUCCCGGCGUUUCCUCCACCUGGAACUCCCCGGGGGGGAGAGAGGGGUAGAAGACCCCAGGGGGAGGGGCGAGGGGGAUCCUAAGGCAGCUCUUUCUCCCCUCCCCCUCCCCCCGCUGGGCGCGCAGGCAUGGAUGUGCUCAGCCCCGGACCUGGCAACAACACCACCUUGUCCGAGGGUCCCUUCGGGACACGCGGCAACGCUACUGUCAUCUCCGACGUGACCUUCGGCUACCAAGUGAUCACCUCUCUGCUGCUGGGCACGCUCAUUUUCUGCGCGGUGCUGGGCAAUGCUUGCGUGGUGGCCGCGAUCGCCCUGGAGCGCUCCCUGCAGAAUGUGGCCAACUAUCUCAUCGGCUCGCUGGCUGUCACCGAUCUCAUGGUGUCGGUGCUGGUGCUGCCCAUGGCUGCGUUGUACCAGGUGCUCAACAAAUGGACACUGGGACAGGUCACCUGUGACCUAUUCAUUGCCCUCGACGUGCUGUGCUGCACCUCGUCCAUCCUGCACCUGUGUGCCAUUGCGCUGGACAGGUACUGGGCCAUCACGGACCCCAUCGACUACGUGAACAAGAGGACUCCCCGGCGCGCCGCUGCGCUCAUCUCCCUCACUUGGCUCAUUGGCUUCCUUAUCUCCAUCCCGCCCAUGCUGGGCUGGCGCACCCCCGAAGACCGCUCGGACCCCGACGCGUGCACGAUUAGCAAGGACCAUGGCUACACUAUCUAUUCCACCUUUGGAGCCUUCUACAUCCCUUUGCUGCUAAUGUUGGUUCUCUACGGGCGCAUUUUCCGAGCUGCGCGCUUCCGCAUCCGCAAAACAGUCAAGAAGGUGGAGAAGAAGGGAGCGGACACCCGCUUUGGUGUGUCGCCAGCCCGGCAGCCCAAGAAGAGCGUAAAUGGCGAGCCAGGGAGCAGAGAAUGGAGGCAGGGCGUGGAGAACAAGGCAGGGGGGGCUCCGUGCACCAAUGGCGCGGUGAGGCAGGGUGACGACGGCGCCGCCCUGGAGGUGAUUGAAGUGCACCGGGUGGGCAACUCCAAAGAGCACCUGCCUCUGCCCAGCGAGGCCAGUAGUAUCCCUUGCGCCCCCGCAUCCUUCGAGAAGAAGAAUGAACGCAACGCCGAAGCCAAGCGCAAGAUGGCCCUGGCCAGAGAGAGGAAAACGGUGAAGACUCUGGGCAUCAUCAUGGGCACAUUCAUCCUCUGCUGGCUGCCCUUCUUCAUCGUUGCCCUGGUCCUGCCCUUCUGCGAGAGCAGCUGCCACAUGCCCACGCUUCUGGGCGCCAUAAUCAACUGGCUGGGCUACUCCAAUUCUCUGCUCAACCCGGUCAUUUACGCCUACUUCAACAAAGACUUCCAAAACGCGUUUAAGAAGAUCAUCAAGUGCAAGUUCUGCCGCCGAGGAUGAUGGACGAGUCGUCCGCAAGUAGGCCCGCCCCAUCCUCUCUGCCUCCUCCAGCCCUCUGGAAUCAACACCUCUGAUAGCCUGCUACUUUUCCCGACUUUCUCAGCUGCUGGGUCCGCCGCUUCCAGACCUCCUCCCUCCUCCCCCGUCCCCUAAUCCCCUGUCUCCUAAUCCCUUGCUCGGAGGGUGUGCGCUUUGGACAAAGAGGCCCCCAAAAGUGGGGCUGGAGGGCCUGGGAAACUACCUGGGUCUGUGAGAAGCGACCUUGGCUCACACUUUGGCCUCGGAAUCAGUGUUGAUCCUUGUAGUUGCCUCCUCCCUCUUCGGCACUCCACAUCUUCGCGGCGGAAGUUUGAGCCUCAGCGGUUCAAGGCAAAAAAAAUCUACGCAGAAAAAUAAACUGUACACCCAGCCGCCGCGCCCACUAACGGCUCCCACCUAAUCGCCCCACUGCUAGAACUUGAAUUUAAGGUUCAGAAGUUUGCUUCAUUACCUAGUCCCAACCCUGGCCCGCACUCCUACCCUAGAAACUCACUUUUUUUUUUUUUUUCAGUUUCAUCCCUUCUUUCGAGCUUCCCUUUGUGCCCUCGCCAGUCCCUAUGCAUUGGUUUGCUAGUAGGGAAAGGCUGGAGGUUCUGUUUUCCCGGUGCCUGUGAUGUCCCUGGGAAUCCCCGCUUCCCUGUGUAGACUCGCUGAAUAACUCUUUUGCGCACAGCCCCAUGCUCUGUUUUCUUGGAUUCCAAACAAGUGGCCAGAAGCUGUCUCUUAGAGUGGACUUGUAAGUACAAGCAAGGCUGGGCCAGUGGGGGAGAGCGAGGCGGGAGUGAGGAACGAUUGUAUCCGUGCUUGCCUUCGUGUCAGCACUCACCAAAGAAACUGACAACCAGUGGGAUGGGAGAACGGACUUCUGUUUGUGUAGGCUGGUGGCGAGUCUGCACGUUCUGGCAUCGCCACUUACCCACCCCGGGCCAUGCCCGCCAGCCAAGGUGUGCAUGCUGGGGACCCCCAGCGGCCUAAAGGUUCGCGCGCCUACCCAGCCAGCUGCUGUCUGCUUUGCACUUGGCGCGCGCGCGCGCGGAGAUGUAACCCAAACCAGAACCAUCCCUCCGCCUGCGCCGCGGAACGCGCAGAAGCGCGAAUAAACAGCACGGUUUGAGAAAGCGCGGGGAGCUAGGUCAGGCGGGAGGAGAGAGACCAGGGGAGGCAAAGAGGUGUUGGUGUCCGGCGCGCAGGCCGUCCUGCAGAUGACGCUCCCCGUGGAACCUGAGAGGGCAGUUGCAUCCACAGGAUGCAGACUCUUUCCGCCUAAUUCACCCCCUGUCCUGUUGGAUAGUAUAGUUCUGUUUA